AUGGCAGAUUCGGAGCUUUCUGCUCACUGUGAGGCUGCCGGUUUGGAAUUGGCCGUACGUGCUUGGUGGCGGGGAGCCGGUCCAGGCUGUGGACCCAAGGAGGCAGCCUGGCUUAGAAAGACUGCCUCCGGUGGCGUAAAUGGUGGAGCACAUAUGCGGCUUCUGCGAAGUGGAAUCCCCGAGCGAGUCCUGCAAAGCGGUGUGCAGCUCGGGCAGGUGUUAGCGAAGGACAAAGGCGUCACCAAGAAUUGGCAGGACGUCGUAGCUAAAAUGCAAUUUUCAGAGCCACAACGGCCGCAUGACAUCGCCCCACAAUCUGCUCGCUGUGCAACUUCCAAACGGCGUUUCCAGCAAAAGCUCAUGGAGGAAGUCAAGGAUCACUUUGACAUAAGAAUGCCCAGCAUCCCCGGCGCCAUCCAACUCAUCCCUAGGAGGAAGAUGCCCUCGCCAAACACUCCAUCCUCUCGAGAGGAUGGAGAAGCUGAGAAGCUUCCUCCUGCAAAGACCGGGUCAGAUGGACCUGCUGGCCCUGGAAGCAUCGCAAGCAAGGUUCGUGCAUGGCAGGAAGGUCAAUCAUUGUACCGCCAAGAUAGCAAGGGUCAGCCGAAGCUGCCCCUCUUCCAAGAGGCAAAGGAGGCGGAUGGUGCACGCACUGGGAAGGUGCGACCAAAGCUGGACCCAGAGGUUAUUCAAUCUCGAAAGGACUUUUCUCACUUUUCUCGGCAACGCUCGAUUGGCGACUCUGAAAGAUCGACGAGCAAGGGGAAGGAAAACUCUCCAUCCUCACCGACAUCUCUCAAGCGGAAUUUCGCGGAGAUCUUCCAAACAACCGCCGGCAAAAUCGUAGAAAGGGAAAACCAUUGGAACAGUCUAGCUCCAGCUCCGGCAAGGGGAGACCUUUCUCCAGCAUCUCCUGCAGCAUCCUGGAAUGCGUGGGACUUUCACAAGCGGGACAAAACCGGAGGAGUCGAGCCAUGUUCACCCACUUCGCCACGACCUACAGGAACACCCAAGCGUCAGGGAACCAGCAGCAGCAAGUUUGAUGAGUGGGCCAAACGGAAGGAGGAGCAGAGGUUUGAGGAGGCGAAGGAAGAAGAAGGGAGUCGAAAGCAAAAGGAUAUGGAUCCAAACUCCGGGGACAAAGAGAGGACCAGCCUCCUCAAUGAUAAAGCCGUGGCCAUGGGCCUGGUCAGCAAAAAGGCUGUGACGGACCUGAACUCCAUCCGCAGAAUCUACAUGGACUUUGAUGCCGAUGGAAGUGGCCUCAUCGAACCACCAGAAUUUAUGCCGCUCUUGUCCAAGUUGCUGCGUCGAAAGCCGGAGGAGCUGGACAAGAGGGAAGUUUGGGCCGUCUGGGAUCAGGUGGAUAGCGAUGGCAGUGGAACGAUCGACUUCGAUGAGUUCCAGCGCUGGUAUGCGGAGCUCAUGGGGAUUGACAUCUUGGACUAUGGAGAGAAGUUUAUCCCUGAAGAGAUCUCGGGUGACCAGAUCAUGGUCAGAAACGUGGCCAAGAACCUGAACCGAUCCAUUCUCGAGGUUGAGAAGCUCUAUGAUGAGUUCAAAAAGCUGGACACUGACAACAGCAAUACCCUCGAGAUGAAUGAGUUCCGGAUCUUGAUUCAGAAGGAGUUUGCACCUAAAGGUCCCGAGGUUCCAGAACAUGUAUUCAAGAUGUUCUGGAAGGACUUUGACAAAGAUGGCCGUGGCUCUGUGACAUUUGUCGAUUUCUGCACCUGGUACUUGAAGUUCAUGAAAGGAGACUCCUCUCCCAUGGAACAGUACUUUGCAUACAUGUCUGCAACACCCGGCGCACGCUGA